CAAGCUGCCCCGAAGCGGGCCGCGGGGGCCGGGUGCUGCGUCUCUCGCCAUGGCCGCCCUGACCGUGGAGUACAUCAAGAACCAGACCGGCGAGUUCGACGAGCAGAGCGUGUUUCAGGCGAUCCUGUCCCACAGGUCGAUCCCGCGGAUCGCCGACGGGGCGAGCAGGUGCUGCAACCUGCGCUGGCUGGACCUGUCGCACAACGCGAUCAUCAGGAUCGAGAACCUGGACGGGCUGGCCCAGCUGGUCUGCCUGGACCUGUCCUUCAACAAGGUCUCCAAGGUGGAGAACCUGCAAGGUAUGCAAAGCCUUGAGAGAUUAUGGCUGAAGUCGAAUCCAGUCUCGCGGUUAAGCGACCUGGAUGGCCUUGAGUCAGCGCGGCAGCUUAGGCAUUUGUCCUUGCAGAACAUCGACGCCUCUGAUUUCUGCCCGGUCUGCCCCCCCUGGCAGCCGCCCUCCUUUCCCUCCUCCCGCUCCUCCUUCUUGCCACUACAUGCGCGCUCCAAGCGGUCGAUGGCACGACUCAAUUUCAACCCCGAAGCGGACGUGUCUACCGCGGACGACAUAUGUAAACAAUAUUUGGUCGACUCUCCUAAACGAUUACACGAUACGCAGCAAGCUCACGACGAUCAGUUCGAUCAUACAUCCCAGGAGUGCACGGUUUAACAGAA